AUGACCGAUCAACGGCCAGAUCCGGCUCCCAACCGCCAUCAAUUGGCUGACUGGUUGAGCGUGUCUUGCGACAGAGUCGUCACUGUAGAGCACCCCUCUGUUGUCAGAGAUAUCGACAAGGGUCUGCUUUCCCUUGGCGGUGAACACCACAUCAAACAUCUGCUUGCUCCUGCCGGCCAGACAUUAUCUGUCGGUCUUUCGUUGCGUCCACAUGAUCCCCUCGUCAAGAAGCUCGUCUCGAAAGAGAUGCCUGUUCAAAACGUUCUUCUUCGCGUGACCAUCCCAAAACGAACUGGUCGUAAACGGAAGCGAGGUUCGAACGACCCUUUUGAAUUUCAUCGUGACAGAAAUGAGACAUCAGAGGAUGAUACUAUGUCGAUACCCUUGACGGCUGAACAGCUGCGAAGCCGACUUAUUGACAAUGCGGAUACAUACACCAUCCAGCCUGUUGCCACAAUCAAGCAAACCCACAGAUUCCGUGCUCUACCAGAUUUCCAGCUACGUGCUGGUUCCCAGCCAGUCAUGAAGCAGAUCGGCAAGAGUCUUGUCAAUCCUACCCUGUCGAGUAUCAAGAACUUCAAAGUCGACAUGACUCCUGGUCGACCAGCUGACGAAGAGCUCAUUGCACCGCCAAACUUUACUUCGUUCGAGCAGUCUUUGAACUAUCUGUACAAGCAGAACCCCGGUGUCACACAUGUGACGGACGAAAAAGGUCGCGUCAAGACUGUCAACACACAAGCUGCAAAGAAGCGCCAAGUCGUCUCGGUAGCUCACGAUGUCAAGAACGUGCCUACGAAGCCACCCAAGGGUCUCAUGGCCAUUGAGAAGCAGUCUGAAGCUCUUCAGCAAUGUGUCAAGAACCUGCUGGAACUUCUCGAGACCAGACCCGCAGUCACUCGACGUGUGGCAUGCAACCUCGUCGAUUGGGGUAAUGAGGCCCUCUUCAAGGAAGCUACGCAGUAUGUGGGAUACAGCUUCAAGUCUGGUCCCUUCCGCGAUACGCUCGUCAAAUACGGUCUCGAUCCUCGGGCCGAUCCGAAGUAUCGUUGCUAUCAAACUUUCUCCUUUCAGCUUGUAGCAAAAGACAAGGUCGUUGCUGCAGCAAAAAAGAUGCGUGAUGGCAAGAAUCAGUGGAUCAGGAGUGAUCGCUACAAGAAAGAUGAAGAGCCGUCACAUGUUUUUGAUGGCAAGAGCAUGACCACAAAUGGCAAGACAUGGCAGGUCUGCGACAUCAAGGAGCCUGUCCUUGCAGGUCUGCUGGCGACCGAGAAUUUGCGAUCCGAAUUCGACCCUGUCAACUAUGGUUGGUAUCUCAACGGCACAGUCGCCAAAGCACGUAUCAUCAUGCGAGACAUGAUCGGUAUGAUGCUUUCUGGGCAGGCGCCUGACACAGCAUCGUACGAGACAGUGUCCGCUAUACCGGAUGAAGUUGACAAGACGACCUAUCCACAAACCUACUUCGAGAGAAGCGCUCAUCCCGAAAAGGUGAUGCAACUCUCAGGAGAAAUCAGAAACUUGGUAAAGACGGACAUUGCUCAAAGAGUUAGAGACAAGUUCAGGGGCGAAGGAGAGGUGUAUGGCGAGAAUACACAAGGUGGUGCAGAAGACGGAGAGGUUGAAGGAGAUGGGAUGGAAGACGAUGGUGAGAUGGAGGGCGACCUCGAAGACUUUGGAGGUGAGACAGAGGCUUAG